AUGACCCAUAACUCAUAUUCAUUUAUUCAUUUCUCGAACGUAGCCUUCACUAUUAGUAUCAGGGUUAGAACAUUGACAUUAGUUGUUGUUAGUGAUCUUUAUCCUGAGUGUGCCAAUUGGUUGAUAAUCCAUAUGAGAUUUUAG